CUUAUCAGGGUCUACUCUAGAGCUGUAUCAGUAGAAGAGCAAGAGUCGGAGUAAACAUGUUCUUCUUUGUCCUUCUUCUCUUAGGAGGAUUAAAUGAGGUGAGGGGGGAGUUUUUAAGCUCAGAAGAAUGUGAUUUUCAACUUUCAUACUUGGAUACCAUCCUCAUCUGUCAUACAGCAGAUAGACCAGCUGUCAGGCUUGGAAAAGGAGAGUUUGUAGCUAAAGAUCAUCUUGGAAACUUUGAGAUCAAUGAUACUGUUCUGCAAGUUGUUGAUCUUACAGAGUACAAUAUUAUUUCAGGGGAGUUAGGUAACACAUUCGCCUUCUUCAACAGCGAGGUGAACAUCGGUGUGAACCUGGUGGUGUUUGAGGAUGAGGAGAAGGGAUUGUACGAGGUUAAGCUUGAGUUCCCCCCGGAGUAUAGGGUUGAGUUGGAGGGGUUUAACAGGAUCUGGUUGGAGUUGGUGGCAGAUCCAUUCGAGUUCAUCUAUGGGGGAGGGGAACAGUUUUCUUAUCUUAAUCUCAGAGGACGAGUGUAUCCUAUCUGGGUGAGAGAACAAGGAGUUGGACGUAAUAAAUCUUCCUCUUUAACCCAGAUAAUGGAUGCCAACAGUAAUGCCGGAGGAGAUUACCACACAACCUACUGGCCCCAACCAUCAUUUAUUUCAUCCAGGAAAUUUUACUUUGAGUCCUCCUACUCAACCUACCAUGAACUUGACUUUACUCAAUCCGACCGUCAUGUUGUUUACUGGCAUAUAAACAUACCUACAGAGGAAGAAGGGUCCGCGUGCCAAAGCUGCCAUCUGACAUUCCUGGUGAAGCCAAGUUUAAUGGAGAUAGUUCAAGCCUUAAAUCCUGGACAGCCCCCUCUACCAGACUGGGUUUAUAAUGGAGCUAUCCUGGGAGUUCAAGGGGGAACAGAUAAAAUGCUCAAUUAUCUUGAUGAAGCUCAGUCUCAAGGUGUUGAGGUAGCUGGACUAUGGAUCCAGGACUGGUCUGGGAAGAUCACAACGGAGUUUGGAACACGAGUUUUCUGGAACUGGGAAUGGAACUCAACCUGGUAUCCAGUUCUUGAUGAACUUAUCAAGGAUUUAGAUAAAAGAAACAUUAAGGUGACUGCUUACAUAACUGCUCAUUUGAACAUAGAUGGUGAGGUUUAUCAGAAUUGUAGUCAAAACAAUUACUGGCUGACAGAAGAAAAUGGAGAGAGAUUACUUCAAGACUUUGGACAGUUUACUAUUGGUACAGUAGAUAUCAUCAGACCUAGUCCAGACUGUAAUUGCAUCAAUGUUGGGAGGGGUUGGUAUAAAGACUUGAUGAAGAAGAACUUGGUAAAUUUUGGCUUUGCAGGCUGGAUGGCGGAUUUCGGUGAAUAUACCCCAACCUCGGCCAGAUCAUCAUUUGCGGAUCGGUGGUGGGGAGAUCAACAUGGAGAAGUUCUUCAUCAAAUCUUCUCUGAGGAGUGGGCGGCAUUAAACCGGGAGGUUGUGGAGGAGUCAGGCAAACUUGGAGAUAUCAUGUAUUGGAUGAGAUCUGGAGGGAUCGGGUCAAAGUCAAGUCAGGUUAUGAGUUGGGCUGGAGAUCAAACUGUGGACUGGACACAAUCGGACGGACUGGGAUCUUCUAUUAUAGCAGCACUCUCCUUAUCUAUGUCUGGUAUGGGUCUUUCACACAGUGAUAUUGGAGGCUAUACCACAAUUCCCCAACUAAAUUUAACUAGAUCUAAAGAACUACUCCUCCGAUGGGCAGAAUACGCGGCAUUUACUCCAGUUAUGCGCACACAUGAGGGAAAUGUACCGGAAGCUAACCACCAGAUUUACAGUGAUGAGAAUACAAUGCAACAGUUUGCCCGUCUAACCAAGAUAUACGUAGCUCUAGCUAACUACACCAGGGAAGCUGUUAGACAAAACUCUGAGGAAUCUAUUCCAGUCAUGCGUCCUCUUUUUCUUCAGUUCCCAGACGACCCAGAGACAUAUUUACAGGAGUAUGAGUAUAUGUACGGAGAUGAUCUGCUUGUAAGUCCUGUCCUGGAUCCAGGAGUAGAAGUAUGGACCGUAUAUCUCCCCUUGGGGAACUCCUGGAUUCAUCUCUGGAGCCUGGAAGAGUACUCGGAGGGAGUAGUGAUUGAUAUUCCUGCAUCACUUGGAUAUCCACCUGUUUUCUAUGGAGCUGGAUCAACCUGGGAGAGUCUUUUCAUACAAAUCAGUCAGGACUUUAACUAAGCAUAAACCUAGAAUUUGAGUUCUUUACAUAUUUACAAUUAUUUUCUGUAAAUUUUAAAUUAGUUCUUUUAUUUUAAAAAGUUGUAAAUUGUAUUCCUGAUAAUAAAUUU